CCGGUAUCACACAUCGGCGCGUCUGUAUGAUUACAGCGAUUGUCUUUAUAACUUCUCUACGCGAYCUCUAUUUUUCUUGGAAAAAAAACUUUUCCUUUCAAAUUCUUUUUAAAAUGUCGAAUGCAGAAACCGAUUCUUCAUGUAGUAACGAUUCGGAUGAUUCUGAGACCGAUUAUUUACCUGAGUACCUGUUGGAAGUUGAAGGUCAACAAGACGAUCUUGAACAACAAGACACUUCUGCGUCRACAAGGAAAGGGCUAACAGCUGUCGAUUAUUGCGAUGUUUUUCAACCAUAUACCGAUGAGCCGAUUGCAAGCGAGGAAUGGCUUGAAGAAUAUAGAAGUCAGCAAGAAAUUCAACAAGAAUUUGAACGUAAACUGCAGAGUCGAUCUGAUGAAAUGGAAGAUGUAAAGUUGUGGUGCAAGUGUGGAAAUUGCCAAACCGAGUAUCUUCAAAAUCCAAACRAAUACCAGUGCUGUCUGGAAAUCGAAGAAUGUGUUGAAUCGCUUUCUAGCGACAUAGUUCGAGAAGAAUGUCUUGAAAUUCCAGACUGCAUCACUCUUCAUCCUGGUUUUGAGCAAGUUUGCCUUUCUAAAUGGAGUUUAAGAUUAGCMGCCGACAAAUACAAGACAAAAGUUAAAAGUAGAUACAGUCAGACUGGAUCAGAGGAAAGGUUCCUGCGUAGUAUUGCAUAUAGGGAAUUCACACGCCUUGUCCAUGGUUACUUGGGUGGAAGAAGAAUACCUUUGCCAGCUUGUGCAUAUAACAAAAUUAGAGAAAAAUUUAAUGACAAUGAAUACAUUGGAUUYGAAGUUGAGGAGAAUGAUGAAUAAAUAUUUCAUGUCAAUUAUAAUCAUCUCUAUCAUUGAGAUAAUAGUAUACUAGGACAGAAACACUAAUAUGUGAAAUAGAUAUUGUAGCAAAAAAUCAGUGCAAGUAUCUUUCUUUCAUUUUUAUCAUUUCUAUUUGACACAAAUUCGUAAGAACUGUAUAGUACUGUAUAAGGUUAGUGUUAAAAAAUUGGUUUCAAUAUAUACAAGUUUAUUUCAAUACAGUAAGUCAUUAAWAGAUAGUUAUCGAGCACUUGAAACAUAUGAGAUGUAUUGAAUGUACCCAUAAUCAUUGUUGGUCUCAACUUUGACUAACUUUAUUGAAUGAUUUAAAAACUUUACUAGUUAGCAUUUUUCUGAUUUCUAGGGCAAUCUGUUACAUAUUUAUGUCCUUUCAUUGGGUUUUUGCAGACUGAACACUGUGGGGUCUUAGUUGGCCUUGGAAUUUCUGUCUCUGAAACUGAAAUAACAAAUAAAGUAUAAUAUUCAAUAGGGUCAACAUUCAAAAAGCUAUAGACUGUGAUGCAUACCAAAGAUACCUGAUGCUGUAGGGGGAACAUCAACAACUUUCAUCUCUUUCCUCUGUUCCCUAAUUUGAAUUGCCACUGCCUUGUCCUGCUUUUCAAGCAUGGUGUUCAUUGGUUUAGGGGUCAUGUUUUUCAGUUCCUCAAUAGCAGUUGCUAACUGGCCAUCUUGGUGUGCCACGAGAAAAGACUGGUAGAUAUCCUCUACAUAUUCUGUUAUUUGAAAAUUAAAGACAAAAACUACAGUUA